GAUUUGCAGAGCGCCCGCCGUGUGCCAGACACUGUGCUGAGCGCUUUGUUGGGCCGCGAUGCCCCCCCCGUCGCAGGGGUCCCUCUCCCACCGACCCGCCUUUGUCCCCCGGACCCCGGAGCCCUGAAACCCCCGACCGACGAGAGGACCAAGAGGACAGGGCGUCCUGACAGUAGCCCCGGGGGGACCUGCGCUGAGAGGCCGCGCCCACCAUGAGCUGGAGCUUCCUGACCCGCCUGCUGGAGGAGAUCCACAACCACUCGACGUUCGUGGGCAAGAUCUGGCUGACGGCCCUGAUCGUGUUCCGCAUCGUCCUGACGGCCGUGGGCGGCGAGUCCAUCUACUACGACGAGCAGAGCAAGUUCGUGUGCAACACGGAGCAGCCGGGCUGCGAGAACGUCUGCUACGACGCCUUCGCCCCGCUGUCCCACGUGCGCUUCUGGGUCUUCCAGAUCAUCCUGGUGGCCACCCCGUCGGUCCUCUACCUGGGCUACGCCAUCCACCGGAUCGCCAAGCUGGACCACGGGGCCGGGGCCGGGAAGGGGGCGGCGCGGGGCGAGCCCUACCCCGUCCGCUGGAAGCCCCACCGGGCCCUGGAGGAGACGGAGGAGGACCGCCAGGAGGACCCCGUGAUGUUCCCGGAGGCGGACCUGGAGGGCACCCCGGCCGGCCGGGAGCCCGGCCCGCCCGAGCCCAAGCACGACGGCCGGCGGCGCAUCCGGCGGGACGGCCUGAUGCGCGUCUACGUCGUCCAGCUGCUGGCCCGCACGGGCUUCGAGGUGGGCUUCCUGCUGGGCCAGUACUUCCUCUACGGCUUCCGGGUCAGCCCCUCGUACGUCUGCAGCCGCAGCCCCUGCCCCCACAGGAUCGACUGCUUCGUCUCCCGGCCCACGGAGAAGACGGUCUUCCUCCUCAUCAUGUACGGGGUCAGCGGCCUCUGCCUGGUCCUCAACGUCUGGGAGAUGCUGCACCUGGGCCUGGGGACCCUGCGGGACUCGCUGGGCCGCCCCGGGCCCCGGCCGGACCCCCCGGGCCCGCCCCGCGGCUCGCCCUGCCCCUGGGACGCCCCGUCGGCACCCCCUGGCUACAACAUCGCCGUCAGGCCGGAGCCGGGGGGCCCCUACGCCGAGUUGGCCAGCGCCAAGAUCGCCUCCAAGCAGAACCGGGCCAACAGCGCCCAGGAGCGCCAGCAGUUCGGCAGCCACGAGGGCAACCUCCCGGCCGACCUGGAGGCCCUGCAGAGGGAGAUCCGCGUGGCCCAGGAGCGCCUGGACCUGGCCAUCCAGGCCUACAACCACCACCACCACCGCCAGCCCGCCGGCGGGCCGGAGAAGAAGGCGCGGACCGGCUCCAAGGGCAGCGUCAGCAGCAAGUCGGGGGACGGCAAGGCCUCCGUCUGGAUCUGACCCGCGGCGGGGCCCGACUCCGGUGGCGGGGGGCUCGGGGGUCCCCGGGGACGCCCGCCCGCCUGGCCGGAGGAGGAUCCGUUCCCGGAGCAGGCCCCGGCCUCCCGGCGGGGAGCGCAGGGCUCGAAAUCGCCCCCGUCGAACCGUUCUGCGCCUACGGUGCUGUGGUGCGUUUUCAGCACGAAACCGUCUUUUGUAUUUAUCCGUCGGCCCGCCGCGGUUCGACUUUUCUAUUAAAGGAAAACCCAGUUGGGCGACUCC